AUGCCCGUCUUCAAACGAUUGGUUGAGGUUGGCCGCGUGGUCUUCAUUGCUAAGGGCAAGGAUCAAGGCAAGCUGGCCACCAUUGUAAACGUCAUUGACGGAAACCGGGUACUCAUCGAUGGACCGACAACCGGGGUCGUCCGUGGCGCAAGGAAUCUGAAGGACCUCCAGCUCACGAAGUUCACCGCUGGCGUCCGUGUUGGCCAGAGGACGAAGGGAGUGCAGAAGGCUUUCUCCGAGGGCAAGAUCGCCGAGAAGUUCGCCGAUUCCACGUGGGCCAAGAACAUCGCGCGCCGAAGCAAGGGGGCCUCCCUAUCCGAUUUCGAGCGAUUCAAGCUCCAACGCGCCAAGACCCUCCGUAACCGCCUUGUCAGGAUCGAGCUCGCCAAGUUGAAGAAGUCUGCUAAGCAU